AUGGCCUUCCUUCCUCCUCCAUCUCUCAGUGACACCAUGUCUCAGAUCGUGGAAUCCAAAGAACUUUGCGUGGCGCCCUCGCCCAUUGACGAGGGUCUUUUUCAACAGCAGCUAGACCUCCAAGGUCUCAAGCUUACCCCGGAUGGAUUCGUGCAUUGGAAACCGGGCAAUAAACGACACCCACGCAACUGGUCGAAGCUGCGCAAGGCCCACGAUGUAUCAGUCAUUUUGUUGCUGGAGAUGUUUACGUACCUCAUCGGGCAAGGAAUCGGCAGCAUCGUCUUUCCUCCGUACUCGGAAGCGUUUGGACGCAAGAAACUGUAUAUUGUCAGUACGGCGAUGUACAGCUUGUCGUGCAUCAUAAUCGCUAUUGUUCCGUCUGUCACUGGAGUAGUCGUUGGUCGUCUACUCAGCGGGUUCCUGUCGGCGAUUCCCACCAAUGUAGUGGCUGGAAGCAUUGAAGACAUGUUCAACGCAAAAGACCGGAUAUGGUUCCUGUCGCUGUGGAUGAUGCUGGCUCCAUGGGGUCUGGCAUUGGGACCGAUCUACAGCACAUACAUCAUUUACGCAUUGAAUUGGAGAUGGGUGUUCUACGUAGCAGCCAUCGUCACCGGCUUUAUCGCGUGUCUCCUGCUCGGCAUCCGUGAAUCUCGACCUCCCCUCCUCCUCGACCAAGAAGUCCGCCAUCUGUGCCAGGCCCUCGGCAAGGAGACCCAGAUCGUGGUGCAAAGCCUUAACCCAGACCGUAUCCCUGACCUGCGCACAUUCUUCACCAUGGCCCUCUUUCGCCCCAUCUACCUCUUCUUCACCGAACCCAUUAUCUUCCUGGUAUCCAUCAUCAGCGCCAUCCCCUUCACCCUCAUCUACAUGUUCACCGAGGCCCUCCCCCCAAUCUACCAAUCCUUUGGCAUGACCCCCACCCACUCAUGUCUCCCCUUCCUCGGCCUCGGCCUCGGCUGCAUGCUCGGCAUGCUCACCCGCAUCCACGACUACAAACUCAUCAUCUCCCACCACCGCCAGCGCCUCCCUCUGCGUCCCGAAGACAAGCUCCUCGGCUUCAUGAUCGGCGCCCCCGUCUUCGCCCUCGGCCUGUGGCUCUUCGCCUGGACCAUUCCCCCCGCAAUCACAUCCGUCCACUGGAUGGUCUCGACCGUCGCCCUCGUGGCAAUCGGCUACGCAGCAACCGAGUUUGGUUCCGUCCUGACUGGCUAUCUCGCAGAUAGCUACCUCAGCUACGCGGCCAGCGGGUUCGCAGCGCAGACGAUCCUGCGGACGAGUAUGAGCGCGGCGUUUCCGCUGUUUGCACCGGCAAUGUUUGGUUCGCUGGGUGCGAAUGUGGCGGUUAGUGUGCUGGCGGCAAUUGCCACGGUGUUUUGUCUUGUGCCGCCUUUAUUUGCGCGGUUUGGGGAAAGGAUUCGUGCAAAGAGUCGGUUUGCGAGGUAUAGUUUGGAUGUGUAUAAUCGGAUUACGGUUGAUGAGGAGGGUUUCUAG